CCCCGCCACAACUCGGAUCUUCCGGGGCACGGCUUCUCCGCCCUCGGCAUCAGGUCCUCCGCAUGCCGAUGACAGCUGCAAGUUUCGGCAAGCUUAAGACUAAAAAGCUCCCUCCGCCACUCUAAGCCCUUACGAUCUCUUUUUCCCCUUGGAAAAUCUCCUUCACAAGCAGUCCCUCUAAAUCACAAUGUCUCUCCCAUUCUCAAACCAACCCCCCGCGGAGCGGGUGCCCUACGCCAUCCCCCAACUCGAGGGCGAGCGCAUCACCAUCCCCGGCAGUAAGGGUGUGUUCCGCAUUCUGACUUCCUCCAAGCAGACCAAUGGUCUCAUGGCGGUCUUCCAGAGUGGUGCCACUGUCUCCGAUGCUCCGGGUUUCCACUACCACGAAAAGGCUCACGAUGUCUUCUUGGUCACGAAGGGCUAUCUGAAGCUGUGGAACGGUCCCCAAUGCCGUAUUCUGGGUCCGGGCGACUUUGCCUAUAUCCCUCCUACUGUCAUUCACAAUCCCGAAAUGGUCGGUCCUCACACGGAAUUACAGGGCCUGAUCACCCCCGGUGACUGGGUGGACUUCUUCCGCUACGUCUCUGAGCCCUACGAGGGUAUCCUUGUGCCCGAGAACGACAAUCGCGAUCUCAAGUCUCUGUUGAUUCCCAAGGUGAUGGCUGCCAAGGGCAAGUUUGACGUCGUCUUCCAGCCCCACUACGUGCCCCCGGAGGUCAGCGAUUGGACCAAGGAAGACGAGAAGCUGCCCGAGGGCAACGAGGGCUAUUUCCUGCGCGCCAACACCGGCCCUCGCUGGAUGUUGGGCGGUGUCAUGUCUCGCCCUUUCGUUACGACAGUACAGAGCGCCGGCGUCUGUGCGAUUUCUAGCAUCGAGUCCUCCAAGGACUACGGCGAGACUGUGUUCUCCAAGUAUAUGACUUUCGCCUCUGUUGACCACUGUCUCUGCGUGAUGGAGGGUGCUCUCAAGGUGAGCCUGCAGGGUGUUGGCGAGACUAUCUUCCGCGAAGGCGAGACCGUGGUUAUUCCUGCCGGUCAGGCUUUCUCGCUCGGCUUCGAGAGCAAAUAUGUCAAGGUCCACUCCUUUGCCGACGGUGAUGGUAUCGAGUCUCUGAUCCACCAGGCCGGUAAGCAGAUCGAAGAAGUCGUUUUGCCGGAUCAGGCUCCGGUUCAUGAUUCAUCAAAGCUGGCCUCGGUCGCGGAGGAACUUAAAAUUACCUUUUAAGAAGAUUUUAACGUGCAUGAGCCAAAUGAAUAGAUCUAAAUGUAUAUAGCAGCAUAUGAAAUCUCGGUUCUUUUUCAGUCCA